UGGUCACACUGCGUGUUUCGUAGCUCUGCGUCGCAGAGCGUUUAUUUUUCGCCGUGUCUUACAAGUAAUAAUAAUUAAAUGUAAAAAGUGCAAUAGCCAAUAUAUUAAACUGCGCAAUUUGCAAGUGACGUACACUGUGCGUCGUACUCGUACUCGUGCUAGUGACAGUAUUGUGUGGCUGCAGCGUCGUGUGGGUGUUACUGUGUCAGUGUGAGGUGUGUGUGUUUGUGUUAGCGGGGGAUAAUAAGAGAGGGGCGAGCAACGCAGCUAGUGCGCGAGUGCGAGUGCAAAGCAGGCGCUGCGAAAAAUUAAAAGACAAAGGAAUUGAAUGUUUGCAUUAAAAAUGAUUGCAUGCUGAUUGCAUUGCAACAAACAAAAGAAAAUCGACGAGCAAGAAUACACCAGAGUGCGUUGUCAUUGACGCGGUGCAAGUGUCUAUUUUUAACAGCAAAAAAAGUCAAAUGCACAACACUGAAUGCACCAGCAGUCCCGCAUGUGUGCGUGUGUGUGAAACGAAAAUAAAACGGGAUCUAUUGACAGCGACGUUGCCACCCCGCUAAGCUAAAGCUCUUCCAGCCAGCGUGUGCUCAUGUAAAUGGGGGGAGUGCGACAACGACGUAACGACAAUUGCAACAUACCCCACGGCAACAACAACAAUAACAGCAACUAAAUCUUCCACCACCACCAAUAGCAGCAGCAACGCCACCACCAACAAUAGCAACUGUUACAAACACAAAAUCAACAACAACAACAACAUUAAGAGAGAAGCCCCGCCAACCCCCUCGCUCGUGCAAUAGCCUUGUAAAGAAGUAUUUUUACGAUUUGCUUUACUCGCCCUUCAAUCGUCGUCAGGCAAGGCAACGGGCAACCAAGCGAGGAACGCACACACACACACACGCACACGCACGUACGAGGCUGCCCCUGCUCCCUAUUGCCUGGCACAACUUCUCCACCGCCGCCACCUCCUGACAGAGUUGCAAUGGACUCGGACAUUGAAAUGGAAUUGGAAUCGGACAACGAUGGGGAAUUUGAUGACGAUUAUGAUUACUAUAAUACAGGCGAAGACUGCGAUGUCGAAAGACUCGAUCCAAAGCGUGCUGAUCCCGAGUACUUUGAAUACGACUGCCUGACCGUGGAGGACAUUGAGAAGCUGCUAAACGAGCUGGUAGAAAAGUUAAACACGAUACUGCAAAUAACCCCAUCGCUGGCCAAGGUGCUGCUGCUCGAACAUCAAUGGAACAACGCGGCGGUGGUGGAGAAGUAUCGCCAGGAUGCGAACGCGUUGCUGGUGACGGCGCGCAUCAAACCGCCCACAACUGCUGCGGACGCGGCCUCUGCCUCGACGAGCGCAGCGGCGGCACAGCUGUUGCGCAUGGGCAGCACGGGCUACAGGACAGCGACAACGUUGUCCACAUCCAGCAGUACACACACGACGUCACAGCAACAGCGCCGCAUGUGCCCGGUGUGCGCGAGCUCGCAGCCGAACGACAAGUUCUAUAGCUUGGCGUGCGGGCAUUCGUUCUGCAAGGAUUGCUGGACCAUUUACUUUGAGACGCAAAUCUUUCAGGGCAUUUCCAUACAGAUUGGCUGCAUGGCGCAGCAGUGCAAUGUUCGGGUGCCGGAGGAUUUGGUGCUGACGCUAGUUACGCGUCCGGUGAUGCGCGACAAGUAUCAACAGUUUGCGUUCAAGGACUAUGUGAAGUCGCAUCCGGAACUGCGCUUCUGCCCCGGACCCAAUUGCCAAAUCAUUGUGCAAUCAUCAGAGAUCUCCGCUAAGCGUGCCAUCUGCAAGGUCUGUCAUACGGGCUUCUGUUUCAAGUGCGGCAUGGACUACCAUGCGCCCACUGACUGCCAGAUCAUCAGGAAAUGGCUAACCAAGUGCGCCGACGACAGCGAAACGGCCAACUAUAUAAGCGCACACACCAAAGACUGCCCCAAGUGUCACAUAUGCAUCGAGAAGAACGGCGGCUGCAAUCAUAUGCAGUGCUUCAAUUGCAAGCACGACUUCUGUUGGAUGUGCCUGGGCGAUUGGAAGACGCACGGCUCCGAAUAUUACGAAUGCUCCCGCUACAAGGACAAUCCCAAUAUUGCCAACGAAUCGGUGCACGUGCAGGCGCGCGAGGCACUCAAAAAGUAUUUGCAUUACUACGAGCGCUGGGAGAAUCAUUCCAAGUCUCUCAAAUUGGAGCAGCAGACGAUCGAUCGUCUGAGGCAGCGCAUCAAUGCGAAGGUCAUGAACGGCAGCGGCACCUGGAUCGACUGGCAGUAUCUGUUCAAUGCGGCCGCGCUGCUCGCCAAGUGUCGCUAUACGCUGCAAUACACCUAUCCCUAUGCCUACUACAUGGAGGCCGGCUCGCGAAAGAAUCUGUUCGAGUACCAGCAGGCGCAAUUGGAGGCAGAGAUCGAGAAUCUGUCGUGGAAAAUCGAGCGAGCCGAGACGACGGAUAGGGCUGCGCUCGAGAAUCAAAUGGAUAUUGCAGAAAAGCGUCGCACCACACUUCUCAAAGACUUCUUUCCCAUUAUUGGAAAGACAUAGGCUCUUGCUCACUCCAAAUAUUAGUUGAAAUGGAGCUGCACAAGAUUCAUAAUUCAUUUGAAUUCGCGUGACUCGCCGCUGACAGUAUGAAAGACGCCUAUUUUAAAACAUCCAAACAUAAAUGUAGAACUUAACAACUUGUAGCUAAUUUUUAAAUGAAUAUUCAAGUGCAUAUGUAGUUAUAAUCUAGUUUUGACAUACAUAAACUACGUCUAAUUAUUAUUAUAAUAAUAUAGUUGUGAAAUUCGAUAUCACGCAAAAAUCGAACCCAACUGCAAUACAACGCCUUGCGCCAAACAAUAGGGCAUCCAAGCCGAGUGCUGCUCCCCAUAGUUUUCCAAAAACAUCUCGUAUAAUAUUUAAAACACGGCAAACUCGACAACAACAAAUUAACAAAGAACAUUCAACGGUUUUAAAUCCAUUAUUGUGAGAGAAUUGCAGGAAUAAAACAUGUUUUAGUCUUAAGUCAUAUUUACGUAUUCUAGCUGCAAAAGCUAAACAGCAACAACAACAACAUCAAUAUUGAUAAUAUUCAAGUAUUUGUAUCUGUAAUUGUAAAGAAAAAGUCUUAAAUUCUAAACAAAUAAUGCAAGGAAAUCGACCCGAUCAUCAAAACUAAGUUCCCCUUU